AUGCAUUUCUCAAUGAUCGCAGCUUCCAUCGCCGCCACUGCCGGCCUCGCAGCUGCCGCCCCUCUUGUUGAGGCUCGCCAAGGCCGUCCUCCUGCCAACUUCUACCUGCAAUCCAAAGUCAAGUCCCAGAGCCCCAAAGACCUCGGCUCAAACAAGCAAGACCUCUGGCUCAGCAGCUAUCACACCGGUGCUGGCCUCGGCGCCGCUACCUUCUUUCCUAACAAAUCGAGCGCUGCUGUCGCCUCACUCAACGCCACAGGUGACAUCUACCAGACCGCUUUCAAGCUCGGCGAUUACGAGUGGCCCAUGGCCGUUCAGUAUGGUCCUUACCAGACCAUGGAGUCAGUUACCAUCUCAGUGGCCGGCGAUCAGGACAACUUUGGCUUUUACUUCAACGACAACGGUCUGCAAUGGAACUACACUGAGUUCACGGGCUGGGCAGCCUGCGACUUCUGGUACUCAGGCAGCCCAUCGCUGUUCGCAACAGUCAGCACAAACAAGAACGCCGAUCUGCCUGUCUCCUGCUCGGAGAUCGAGCUGGUCGCUGUUGCAGCUUGA